AUGUCAUCGCAAGUGAACCAGCAGUUUGAAAUGCAAGCUUCGAAUCAGAUGGACCCUUCACUUUAUGAAUGCAUUUCUCCCUCUGAACAUCCCCUUUAUUCCUCUAAUGUUCCUUCUGCCAACCCAGCAUGGAACAUCUGCAAUGGAGCACCAAUUACUUCCAUGAAGUCUCAACAGUGGAACAUUUAUUCUGCUGCUACAAUACCUUCUAUGGCUCAGUCUCAAAAUGUUCUUCCUGGAAGUGUUAUGCCUCACCUAAAGUGUAAACCAAAAGUAAUGGGGAUACAAGGCUCCCUCUGCUUGAGCAUCUUGAUAUGCGUUUUCUCUGUUGCUGGACUGUCACUGAACAUUGUGGAUUACUUGGCUUAUAAUUGCUAUAGUUCCCAUUCUUACUACUGUAGUAGUUUAAUUGUUGGAAGCCAGGUUCAUCGUGGAUUGUACAUUCUAACAUAUCUGUUGCAGUUCGCUGUCUCUGUUAUUCCUGUAUUUGCCUUCCGGGUCCAGGAGCACUCAAAUUCAACACCACCCCCUCAGAUACAAGGCUUCCUCUACUUGAGCAUCUUGAUAUGCGUUUUCUCUGUUGUUGGACUGUCACUGAACUUUGUGGAUUACUUGGAUUAUUAUUAUUGCCAUGGUUCCCAUUCUUACUACUGUAGUAAUUUAAUUGUUGGAAGCCAGGUUCUUCGUGGAUUGUUCAUUCUUACACAUCUGUUGCAGUUCGCUGCCUCUGUUAGUAUUUAUGUAUCUGCCUUCCGGGUCCAGGAGCCCUCAAAUCCAACACCACCCAUUCAGGUAUUUGUAAUACAGAUUGGUGGUGAAGUUCUGCAAGCAUCCCCAGUUCCUGGAUCCUAUCCUACCUACCCUUCAAAACAACCACCUCCUUACGUGACAAAAAGUGUGAUGGGUGGUGGACCAACAGCAUACCAGAAUCCCUCAUCUUAAAGAGACGUGACUUUCUUUUAAUCUUUUGUUUCACUACCCCUUCCUCCUCAUAUAAAAUUUGUAAUUUAAUUGGAUGUUGCCCAUUUGUAAAGGAAAUAAGUUACCAUGAACUUACAGAACGGAAAAAAAAAUACUGGGGAAAAAACAGGAUAAUUGAAAUGAUGAAAAUAGA